AUGUCACCAGCAGACGUUUACCUGUCACUUAAAGCCUCCGACUUCAUUCAGCACGAUUUAACCCCUUCGAUGACUUUUGAGGGCGUUGAAGACGAGGAGUGGAAAAUUAAAGCACCUGAUCUUCAGUUGGCUCUUAGGAAAUGGUAUCCACUUGAACGAAGCCGGUCAUGUCAACGGGAUAUGGUAUAUUAUGAAUUCCUGAACGACAAAUCCACGCAUACUCUGAUCCAAAGUACGAUAAAUAACCUCUGGUCGGAAAAAAUUCGCGAACCCCAAGGACUCGACAAAAGCUGCAAGUCAACCUAUUACUCGGAUGAGACGCUAGCUGAUAUAGCUAUAGAUAUCUUCGAUCUCUUGUUAACACGGGAUUUACAACGAGCUCAUGUGGUCGACUUCAAUCCUUUCGCUCCCAAGACCGAUUCAUUGCUUUUCACGUAUGAAGAGCUUCUAUCAGCCUUUAUUACCUCUGCUCAAAAUUCCAUUGUUCCUGAGUUCCGAGUCAUUGAAAGCCCAUCCAGCCCUCACGCCAAUACGAAUGCUCCCAAUUACCAACACAACAUGGUCCCCUUGGAUGCUCUGGCUCUCAGCAACGGUCGUAACACUAAUGACUUUGCUGGUGUCCUCGCGGAGGCGAUUCAAAAGGCAAACACUUUAGCAUAG